AUGGUGCAGGUUCUUCGGGAGAAGUACAGUUGCAAGGCAUCAUCAAAGUGCAAAAGCAGAAGUGAGAGGAUUCUUCUGAGAGAAAGUGAAAGCAAAGGGAUUCUAUUAAACAGCUAUGCAAUUGUGAGCCAUUAUGGCACUGAUAACUUCACCUCCAUUGGAGAAGCCAUUUCUGCUGCACCUACAAACCUCAGACCAGAAGAUGGCUACUUCCUUAUCUAUGUCAGAGAAGGAUACUAUGAAGAAUAUGUCAUUGUUCCUAAACACAAGAAGAACAUCUUGCUCAUUGGUGAUGGUAUCAACCACACCAUCAUCGCAGGCAAUCACAGUGUCAUUGAUGGCUGGACAACCUUUAAUUCUUCCACCUUUGCUGUUUCUGGGGAAAGAUUCAUAGCAGUGGACAUCACAUUCAGGAACACAGCAGGUCCAGCGAAGCACCAGGCAGUAGCAGUGAGGAACAAUGCUGAUCUCUCCACCUUUUAUCGAUGCAGCUUCGAAGGAUACCAAGAUACCCUCUAUGCUCACUCCCUGAGGCAAUUCUACAGAGAAUGUGAAAUUUAUGGUACAGUUGACUUCAUAUUUGGCAAUGCAGCUGUUGUAUUCCAAAGCUGCAAAAUCUAUGCCAGGAAGCCACUUCCAUUCCAGAAGAAUUCCAUCACAGCACAAGGCAGAACCGACCCGAACCAGAACACCGGAAUCUCAAUCCAGAAUUGCAGCAUUGAAGCAGCACAGGAUUUGGCUUCAGAUUUGAACUCUACUAAUACUACUACUACCACCACCUUGACAUACUUGGGAAGGCCAUGGAAGUUAUAUUCUAGAACGGUGUACAUGGAGUCUUAUAUUGGGGAUGUGAUUGAACCUUCUGGUUGGUUAGAGUGGAAUGGGACUGUAGGGUUGGACACUUUGUUUUUUGGCGAGUUCAAUAACUAUGGACCUAGGGCUAGUACAAACAAUAGGGUUCAAUGGCCUGGUUUUAACCUUCUGAAUGCUACUCAGGCUUUGAACUUUACUGUCCUGAAUUUUACACUUGGAGAUACAUGGCUUCCGGACACAGAUAUACCAUACUCUGCAGGAUUACUAGGAAAUUAGCGAGUCAAAUUUUGCAGGAAAAGUAAUAAAUUUGAUUCAUUGUUGUUAGUCAGAAAGUUAGAUUAAGUGUAACUAGUUUUUAAAAAGGAUAUGAAAGGUAUGAGUAUUGUGAUGUAAUUCAGAAACAGUGUAUUUGCCGGUCAAAAUUUCCUUUAGAUUUAUGUAUACUGCAAAUUAGCCUAAA